AUUGGAAUUUCGGCCCCCAUUGACGCUCUCUUGCCUUCCACCUCUUUUCUUCUCCUCUUGGCCUUCCCUUUCCUUCCCGAGAGAGCGGGAUUCGCGAAGGGUUUUCCUAUCUUUGUUUCUCGUUAUUGUUCGGCGAAUUUAUUCGCGUGACCGUGAGAUCGCAGCGUUACAGAGAGGAUUCCGGCGAGUUAUGCAGGCGGAUCAGACGGUGCUGAGCCUGAGGCCUGGUGGUGGCGGCAAUCGAGGCAGCAGGCUCCUUGCCCCCCGUUUUGAUUCAACAAUUUACUCCGGUUCUGGCAGUGUUGCAGCCCUAAGCUCGAUAUCCGACGCAUCUGUCUUUCGUCCUCAUGGCGGCGCAUCCAAGGGUGGAGAUUCAAGGUUUGAGGGACGUGAACACAUUCUGUACACUCGAGACCAGUUGUUGCAACUUCGUGAGGUUAUUGAAGUUCCUGAGGAUAUUUUAAAAGUCAAAAAAGAGAUCGAUGCUGAACUUCAUGGUGAAGACCAAUCUUGGGGUGGUAGUGAUGCCAAUUUGCAAAGCCAAUUUCAGAAUCGCUAUUAUGAACCCGAUAAUCGGGAUUGGCGUGGCCGUUCUGGACAAGUUCCCUCAAGUGGAGGGGAGAGGUCCUGGGAUACUAUUCGUGACCAUAAAGAGUCAAUUGCAUCUAAUGCAAGGCAACAGGAUUCAAGCCAACUUCGGCAGGAUCAAUUGAGCUCUCAGUUUUCUUCCAACAUUCAAUCAUCCAAAGGGGGUGGUCCUGCUAAUGCUCUUCUUAAAGCUGAUGUGCCAUGGUCUGCACGUAGGGGCAAUCUCUCUGAGAGUGAUCGAGUUCUUAAAACAGUGAAGGGUAUUUUGAAUAAGCUUACACCAGAAAAAUUCGAUGUUCUCAAGGGCCAGCUGAUUGAUGCUGGAAUAACCACUCAAGAAAUUUUAAAGGGUGUGAUUUCUCUAAUAUUUGAUAAAGCAGUUUUGGAACCUACCUUCUGUCCUAUGUAUGCUCAGUUGUGCUCUGAGCUCAACGAAGGAAUCCCUCCAUUCCCUCCUGACGAACCAAAUGGGAAAGAGAUUACAUUCAAGCGUAUAUUGUUGAAUAUAUGUCAGGAGGCAUUUGAAGGAGCUGACCAUCUUAGAUCUGAGAUCAGCAAAUUAACAGGCCCAGAUCAGGAAAUAGAACGCAGAGAUAAAGAGAGAAUGGUAAAGCUUCGAACCCUUGGAAAUAUUCGUUUGAUUGGGGAACUUUUGAAGCAGAAGAUGGUGCCAGCAAAAAUUGUCCAUCAUAUUGUCCAGGAACUGCUGGGGCCGGAUGUUAAAGCUUGCCCUGCUGAGGAGAAUGUCGAGGCUAUCUGCCAGUUUUUUAACACCAUCGGCAAGCAGUUGGAUGAAAUCCCAAAGUCACGACGUGUUAAUGAUGCCUAUUUUAACCGGUUGAAGGAGCUAACGACCAACCUCCAGCUUGCUCCACGCCUGAGGUUUAUGGUCCGUGAUGUACUUGAUCUCCGCGCUCAUAAUUGGGUUCCUCGCCGUGAAGAGGUGAUAGCCAAAACCAUCUCUGAGAUCCACUCGGAGGCGGAGAAGACUCUUGGAUUGCGCCCUGGAGCAACUGCUAACAUGAGAAAUGGCCGCGGUGCCGGCGGUUUGGGAGGAGGUAUGAACUCCGGAGGGUCAUCACUAAAGCCUCCUGGUGCUGGAGGCAUGAUGAUGCCUGGAAUGCCUGGUGUGAGAAUGAUGCCAGGAAUGCCAGGGAUGCCUGGGAUGGAUGGUGAUAACUGGGAAGUGGUUCCUCGUUCUUCCCGGUCCAUGCCGAGAGCCCAACAGAGCUCUCUCGUCACCAAACCAUCACCUUCGAACAUAAAUCCUAAGCUGCUACCUCAGGGUAGCGGCGGCCUACUGGCCGGAAGGUCAAGUGCGCUAUUGCAAGGUAGUACUCAACCAUCUCGUGCUCCUCCUAUUGUUUCUGGAACCACAGAGCCCAUUUCUCAGAACGUUGGCUCGGCAAAACCUCAAGCUACAGUGCCUCACCCAGUUCAAGCUUCUGAGAAGCAAAUGCCAGGAGCACGGCUGAACCCUGAUGUGUUGCACAAGAAAACAAUUGCCCUCCUGGAGGAGUAUUUCAAUGUACGCAUUCUCGACGAGGCAUUGUAUUGCGUCGAGGAGCUUAAGAGCCCUCAAUAUCACCCAGAAAUUGUCAAGGAAGCCAUUAACCUUGCCCUUGACAAGGGCCCAUCUUGCCUGGACCCUCUUGUCAGGUUUUUUGAGUACAUGAUCGCAAAGAAGGUUUUCACACCACGGGAUUUGGGCACUGGCUUUUUGCUUUAUGGAUCAAUCCUGGAUGAUAUCAGCAUUGACCUGCCAAAGGCUCCAAUUCUCUUUGGUGAGGUCAUUGGGAAACUUAUUUUAGCUAAUGGACUGGGCUUCAAGGUUGUGGAGGAAAUCUUAAAGAAAGUGGAGGAUAAUAGGCUCCAAUCUGCUAUAUUUGAAGCUGUGAUGAAAUCUUUGCAGGCAAGCCCAGCAGGUCAGAAGGUUUUAGCUGAAAAUUCUGAUGAUAUAAAGACUUGCAUGAGCAUACUUUCAUAAAAUCAAAGUUGCUAGCGGGGUUUGGCUAUUGCAGGUGUGUCUUUAUGUAACUUUAUCAAACUGAUAAAUCGGUUGGCACUCUUUCUUUUUCUAUUUAUUUUUUAUUUGAGAUUUCCCUCGUUUCCUUUUUCUUUUUUCUUAAUUCUUAAGAGGUAAACUUCCUUGACAAUCUUAUGAGCUGUGAGAAGUUUUCUGAAUUUUAAUGAGUUGUAUAUUUAUGCGAGUGACAUUUUUAUUAGUGAUUCAAGUCUGAAAAAGGAAAAAAAAAAGCCAUGGAUUUUUGGCUAAGAGAUCCACAGCAUGUCCAGCUGAUGAAUUAACUUUUGCAAA